CGCCCGGCCGCCGCCGGUCCCGCUCGGAGGGGGAUGGGGAGAGCGGAGAGGCCGGCGGACCGCGAGGCAGACGGCGCGGAGGCGGAGGCGGCACCCGAGGCACCGUCUCCCGCUUCCCCGCUUGGCGCUGCGGGCCGGCCGGCCGGCCGGGCCGGGAAUCUCCUGCGAACCGGGGAGGAGCUGCCGCCGCCAGGCCGGCUGAGCGUCCGGGGAGCGUGGAAGGGGGCGGGGAACGCGGGGAGCCGGGGCCGAUCCCGGCCUUUAAAGCGGCCCCCCCGCGCCCCGGCAGCCUCACUCCGGAGCCGCGGCCGCAGCACUUCAAGCUCUGUAUCUGUAACAUCAAAGUGCCAUCUCCUGAUUGGACCGUUUUCAGGAACUCGUGUCAGUUUUCGUAUCAGCUUAAAAGAGACAAGGACCAGGAGCCAGGCUCGCCUGUCCUUUAAUCCCACGCAGUCCUUCAAAAACAGGUCGGGUUUGCCUUCCUGCCCAUGGCCCACCCAGCAAGGGGAGAGGCGAAGCAUAGAGAGCUGCAGAUCAGACCCUCCUGAACCCCCCGGAGCAAGUGAGACCCCUGGAGAAUGCUGGCUGCCAGGCGGCUGGGGGGGUCCUUCCUCUGAGGUGGGUAGGCCGGUGUCCGUGGGACAGUUUCCUCGCUCCUGGGCCCACCAUGGCCUCCACUCUCUGGCUGGACGGCUGAUGUGACCGGUGCCCUGAGCGUGCACACUGCUGGACUGGGUGCCGUCCCAGCUACCACCUGCUCUCAGAGUCUGGGAGCAGGGCAGGUUGGUGUCCGAUGCUACCAGAAGCCAGACCGGCAGAGUGAUGGCCUCCUGCAAGCUGAGAUGGAGGUGACCUGAGGCCUCCUGGAUGUUCCUGGUGACGGGACAGCUGACAAGUUGGAACACAGGCCUGCCGGGGAGCAGUAUGCAGGAAGCUGGCUUUCAGGCCACAAAUGCUUUCACAGAGUGCAAAUUCACCUGCACCAGCGGGCAAUGCUUGUAUCUUGGUUCACUGGUCUGUAACCAACAGAACGACUGUGGGGACAACAGUGAUGAAGAAAACUGUCUCCUGGUGACUGAACAUCCACCUCCGGGCAUCUUCAGCUCGGAGCUGGAGUUCGCCCAGGUGGUCGUCGUGGUGGUGGUGGUCACGGUGAUGGUCGUGGUUGUCGUCUGCCUGCUGAACCACUACAGAGUCUCCACCCGGUCCUUUAUCCACCACCCGGGGCAGGGCCGGAGGCAGGACGGGCCGCAGCCGGAAGGGCGCCUGUGGCCUUCAGACAGAUCUGGACCUCGGCCCGCCUCGGAGAUCAUGUACGCCCCGCGGUCCAGGGAUGGGGGGACUGCCCCAACCUUUCUCCAGAGGGAUCGGUUCAGCCGCUUCCAGCCCACCUACCCCUAUGUGCAGCACGAGAUCGACCUUCCCCCCACCAUCUCCCUGUCGGACGGGGAGGAGCCACCUCCUUACCAGGGGCCCUGCACCCUGCAGCUCCGGGACCCCGAACAGCAGAUGGAACUCAACCGAGAGUCUGUGAGGGCCCCGCCCAACCGAACCAUAUUUGACAGCGAUUUGAUAGACGUGUCCGUGUACAGCGGGGGCCCACGCCCACCCAGCAGCAAUUCGGGCAUAAGUGCCAGCACCUGCAGCAGUAACAGGAGGAUGGAGGGGCCACCCCCGGCCUACAGCGAGGUGAUGGGCCACUGCCUGGGCGCCACACUCUUCCACCCCCAGCACAGCAGCACGCACAGGGGGAGCAGACUGCCACUCCAGCGGGACGGCCUGGGGGGCACCGAGCUGCCCGUCCAGGGCAAGGACAGGAAGCCCGGGAACCUCGUCUGACCUGCGUGCAUACCUGACUUAAGAAAAGAGGAGGGAGGCAGUGGCACUGCCCCUCCGUCCCCAGCACAGCAAGUUCAGUAAAACAGAAUGAUUCCUUCCACAGGAGCCGCACGCAGGCUGAAAUAGUACAAACCUCCUUCAGUCUGGCCGCAAACGGUGUUCAUCUGGGGCAGUGAUGGGAAAGGGCAGGUUUUGGCAAAGGGUGGGCAUGAGAACACAAAGGGGUGCUUUGAAGACACCAUGAAAUAAAACCCACAGAGGCAUCUGACUUGAUUAUGAAAGCAGACGCAGCAGGGGAAGAGGCCAGAAUGGCCUGUUUUACAAUUAACUGAAUACAGAGAAAACGUUAUUAUACAUUAUGGGGAAGAAUCGCCAGUUUGCUUCCCACCCCCAAACUGUGGAACUUUUGUUUUAAAAAUAUGAUUCUAAAUUCCUGUUUUGUGUGCCAAGGUAUAAAGUGGAGAAGUCAGAUGAAUGCAAGGGGUUAAUCAGUGUUGUGAUGCUGUGUUUUAAAAGUUGCACUAUCUUCAUGUUUAAGAUAAUGAGGAAGCUUUACACGAAGUUCUCUAUGUUGUCUUUUCACCUGUGGAUUAUAAUUAGGCCUCAUAAUAAUCUCCCCCAUAAUCAUGCAGGAAAGGGUGUCUGGGGAGGUAGCCUAACGUACGCCACUUACUUACAUUCACCAAGAAAGUCACCACACAGCAGUGAAUGCGUCACUGAGGCACCUGGAGACUCUGGAUGGAGCAGAGGAAACUCCUGCAUCCCUGGUGUGUUGAGUCUCUCCAGCCUCAGGCUGCGUGUUUUACACCUGCAUUUACACACCACGCAGUGCUGCCCUGGUCCUCCAGCAGUGCAGUUUCUGUGGUAAUUUAGAUUUUGUUCACUGUAGCAUGAAAUAUACUCAGAUAAUACACUAUUUUAUGCAAUAGUUUAAAAUGCAAGGUGGCUAUUUUUAUACUGUUGAAACACAUGACUUAAGUGUGUUCCCACGGUCUCUCCUUCCCUGGAUAGUAGAGUUCAGGCCUGGAUGGCUGGUCAGCAAGACUCAGCAGUUGCUUCUGUGCAGCCCACUGCCCUGGCAUGUGCGUGACGCUGGCUGCAGAUUCUGUGUAGAAGCCCCUGGGACUGAGGAAGGGACCCAUGUGGCCAAGUGUGCGAACCAGCACCCGGGAGGAAUGCAGUGCUCAGAACCAGAUGCGCCCCCAGGGGUCACUAAGCCUCUGCAGUGGAGGCCAGAACUGGGCGGGGAGCAACUCAGAGCACAGGGUAAAAGCACAACCUGCAGCUAAAAUCAACUAGAAAACUAACCUUAAAUAUUGUAACAUUCAUUCUCACCUAAAAUGAGUAACUUCCUUCUACAGAAGCAUCUGCCUUUGCUGCACCCGGGUGGGGUGCUUCUGUGCAGCCCCUGCCUGCUCUCGCAAGGACCGAGGGCUGGAGGGAUGACUUGGGACUCUGACCUGCAGUUCCGGGUGUCUGCUGUCAUGGUCUCGGAGGUGGCUGCCCGGUGAGGUGCCCUCGUGCUGCUGGCAGAAAGCUCUCAAACUGCUUUCUGCUGCUCCUUUCCGAGGCUCCUCUUGGUUGGUAGGUCCCUGGGUUUUGUUUGGAGGAUUGGAAUCUUCAUCCAUUUCACAUAGUAACAUCCACACAAGUAGUCAAUCUCUUGAAAGGAGAAGAUGGUGGUCAACAACUGUCACUCAUGCUUCAGUCCCUGUUGAGCAGUGUGCACGCUGAGGGCCACAGCAGGAGCUCUGGGAUGGGCAGAGCCCUGGGGGCCUGACCAGAGGACCCCUGCCCACCCACCAUAUCAGAUGGCCUCGACCUCAAGCCUGUGCUUAAAGGAGGCUGGGACUCUGUGUGGCGUGAGGUUUCCCCUUGUGUUGCUGGUGAAGAUGGGGAGGUGCCUGUCCUCCCCAUCUUCGGGCAGAUUAUCGGUCAGGCGUUCCCCUUAGGUGCAGAAUGAGGAGGUUGGCUGAUGGUGUCAUCAUUCCAAACCUCACCUGCACUUUUGGUAGAGUGGGUGAACACGCCCAAUAGUUCUAGCUCAAAAUGGUGAGUUAUGCUCAGAAACUUAUAAAUUCCUUAGUCACUUUGCAAGUACCUGAACAUUUUGCAGAUGUUCACGGUACUGGUAAAACAAUUAUUUAAUUCAAAUAACUUUAAUCGUUCUUCAAAACCGAGACUGCUCCCUUUCGGCCACCCUAUUAGAUAAUUGCCUCUAAUGUAAAUAGUUAUUUAAUGAUGCAGACAUAUCAAACCAUGACUUGAAUGGUCUCUGAGGCUGGGCCUCUGUAAUGAAUUAGUUUAAAAGUCAAGGUCAUAAAUUGAAUAGUCAAUUUCCCUUCAACACAGGAAAAAGGUGAUUUAGAUCUCUGCUCUUCCGAAGGUUGUGGCUGACCUGGCUGACCUGGUGUGGAAAGAGGCGUGACUGUGAAGCUACAGCUUCAUCAGUGGGGCCUGAGGGUCCAGGUUAGAAACCAGAGGGUUAGGGGAUCAGUGAGCAGUGGGUGGGAGCCGGGCUCCAUCGUCUUAGUGACUCCCUGGAUAUGAACCCCAGGCACCUUGAGUCCCACUUAUAGGAACACUCAUGUGUCUGUUGGCUUUUUCAGAAAGCCUAGUGUUCCUCAGACACUAAGGUUGUCCUUUACUACAAAAGAGAUUUUGCUAAAGAAAUUGUGUUUAUUGCGCUGGCCAAAAAGUUCG